AUGUUCUCAAUGUUUAAAAAGAAAGAGCAGACCCAAUAAUCAACAGCACCUCCCCCACCUCCUAUCUAAUAAUAAUAGUAAGCUCAAUAGUAGUCUCCAAUUGCUCCUCCUUAGCAACCAGCUCCAAAAGGAUCAAUGUUCAAAGGAAGUCUUAAGGUAAAGGCACCACCUCCUUAAACAUAAGAAAUACAAUAAUAAUAGUCCUAACCUUAAUCGUACCAGACAUAGUUAACUUAAUCUUAAUCUAAUUCCGAUAUCUUAUCCCCAGAGAGUGAUGCAUACAAGCAAUAAUUUAAUUAGGUGGAAAUACCUACUCCAUAAGAAGAAUCCAAUGUUGAGCAAAAAUUGGAAGUUAAAAUAAAUGUAGAAGAGGUCAAAAAGAAACCAACUGGCUUUGGGUUUUUAAAAAAAAAAUAGCCUGAGCAAACACUUCCUACAGAUGAAUCAUUAUAAGAAUAGGUGGAAAGUCAGAUUAUUUAUGGAAUUUAAGUUAAAUAAAAUUAGGUGCAAGAAAUCAAUAGAUAAUAGGAAUACACGUAAGAGUAAACAUAUUAAUAAAAUUACUCUCCUAAAUAGCCAAAAGAGCAAAGUAUUUAUGAGGAUUAAAAAAAAGUAUUAUAGAAAUAAAAUGAAUAUAAUGAAAAGGAGAUUGAAUAAUAAUAAUAUUAAUAAUUACAAUUAUAAUAAUAGUAAUAUUAAUAAUAAUUACAAUAAUACUAAUAAUAAUAGUAAUAAUAAUAAUAAUAGUAAUAAUAAUAAUAAUAGUAAUAAUAAUAAUAAUAAUAAUAAUAAUAAUCAUAAUAAUAAUAAUAAUAAUAAUAUUUAUUUUCAUCAACAACACAUCCUAUUUCACCAACAAAGAGUUCUAUCAAUAAUAAAAGCUAAAUAAAUUCAAAUACUAUUAAUCCUUAACUUGAUAAUUCUUAUGUAAAAUAACAUCAAAUGAUUAUGGAAGAAUUGGAAUACUUCCAAAAUGAAGUCAAUUCUAAGAAAGCUCAAAUUUACAUAUCUCAAUAAGAAAUUGAAAAACAUAUAGUUUCUUAUUAAUAAAAAUUAUAAGAAUGUAAUAGUCGACUUACACAAUUAUCUAUUGAGUAAUAAGUUUGUGUGUAAUAGGAAUAAUUUGAGAGAGCUGAGGAAAUAGAAUAAUCCUUAAGAUAAAUUUAAGAUAAAAUUACUUAAAUAGAUAAUUAAAUUAAAUAAGAAGAAUAAUAGUAUUCUAAAUUGUAGGAUGAGAAAGAAAAUAUAAGAGGUGAAGAAUAUCCUUUUUAUUAAGAAACUGAAUAAAAAUUGGAAGAAAUUGAACGAUUACAUAUAAAGUAUAGUGAUUAAUAUAGGUUUGAAGGGUAAGCCUAAAUUAAGAAAUUACAAUAACACAUAGAAGAAGAAAAUGAGAGAGUGAAAAUAUAAUAAAUUCAUACUGAGAUUGAUAGUAAACAUUUGGAUGAAGAAGAACAACACUUAAAUUAAAUAAUGGAUAAUCAAACAAAGGAAUAUAGAAUAGAGUAAGAUCAAUUAGUUAAUAAAAAAUCAACUUUAGAAUCUGAGAUUGCAGAAUUGUAAUUAUUAUUAAAUCAAAAAAAAAAUGAAUUAUAAAAGGUGAAUAUUGAUUUACUUUCAACAAAAGAAAAAAUUUAAUAAGUUCAAUAAAAAUUUAAUUUGUAACUAGGUAAAGUAUAAAAUAAGAGAACAAAACUUAAUGAUGAACUUAAUAGUUUAGCAACUGAAAGAGCCUAGAUUGAAGCCCUUGAAGGAGAUAGUCUAAGAAAAUAACAUGAAUAUAAGAAUAAACUUGAAUAUUUAUCAGAAUAAUUGGAAAAGAUUAAAGAGAAAAGAAACGAACUUAUUAGAAAAGCUAAUUCAGUACCUGAAUAAUGUUAAUAAGAAUUGGAUGUAACAUUUAAAUAUUAAGAGGCUAAAAAAGCAAGUUUAGAAGCAUUAAAAGAAUUAGCAUAUGUUUAAAGGUAAAUUGAUGAAUUAAAUUACAAGAGGAAUAUGGGUCAAUCUCAAUUACAUGAAAUUCUAAAUAAAAAAAGUGAACUUUAAAAAAAAUUACCAAAAAUGAUAGAUGAUAAAGCAUUACUAGUAUAGAAUAAAAAUUUUAAGGGUGCUGCAUAAAUUAAUGAAUAAAUAAAAGAAGCUUAAAGAUAGAUUUCUUUAUAUGAAGAAAAAAUUUCAGAGAAUCAAAAUAUAGAAACUUAAAUUCUAAAAGAAAUUGAUGAGAUAGAGGAUACCUUAGUGUCUAGAUAACAUCAAUAUUAAUAAUUAUAAUAAAAUACAGAAAUUUGCAGAUAUUUUGUUUUAGAAUUAAAAUUAUAAGAGAUUUCAUAAAUAGAUUAUUAUGGAUUAUCUUCAUUAAUAUUAGAUGUAUUAUUAUAAAUUUAAUUAAUUAUAGAUUAAAAAAGAAUUAGAACAAUUAUUUAAUAAAUAUUAGGAUUUAAUUUAUGCAAAAAGAAAGGUUUCAACUGAUAAUUUAGAUUAGAUAUAAAAUCAUUAAGAAGAAGUUAUCAAUAAUAUUAAUGAAAAUGAAGAAUAAUAAGAGAAUUAAGAAGAAGAAUAACAUUAAGAAUAAAAUAAUCAAAUAGAAAAUGAAGUAGUUGAAUAAGUUGUUGAUUCAAAUGAAAAAGAAUAAAUUUAAUAAUAAUAAAUAGAAAAUGUAAUUGAAAUGAGUGAAGAACAAAUUUAAAGUUAUAUAGAAAAUCAAAAAUAAAUAUAUUAGGAUCUUUAAUAAUAAAUUAAGUAAUUAGAAGAUUAGGUCGCAAAUCAUGCUCAAGUAAUCAUUUCUAUUAAUUAAAGGAAGAGCAAUAUGAGGAAGCUGACUUGAUUCAACAAGAAGUAGAUAAACUCACAAAUUAAGCAAAUGCUAUACAAAUAGAACUGAAAUAGAAAUAUAAUGUAGAUAAAUUAAUGCCAUAAGAUGAAGAGAAUUGA